AUUUCAACCAAUUUCUCCACUAAAAUUUUGGAUCUGAACAUUGAAAACUCUUGUUCAUAUUAUCUUUGGAUAUGGCCUGUGAAACCAAGUUAUGGUUAGUGGGUGUUUUUCUCUUGAUCGCAACGUACAUGCAACGACAUUGCGUUGUUGCAGGUGAUCCCCAAGUACCUGGUUUUUUCAUCUUUGGAGACUCUCUGUCAGAUUGUGGAAACAACAACGAUCUAAAAACUGACGCUAAAGCUAAUCACCCACCUUAUGGGGUUGAUUUCCCAAAUGGCCCCACUGGAAGAUUUACCAACGGUCGUACUACCGUUGACGUACUCGCGGAGCUUUUGGGAUUCGACGCAUAUAUGCCCCCCUUUGCAAAUACGAGUGGUUCAGACAUACUGAAAGGCGUAAAUUAUGCAUCAGCUGCAUCAGGGAUUCUCAACGAGACAGGAACACAUUGGGGUGAGCAUAUUCCGUUAAACAAGCAGGUGGAAAACCACAAAGCCAUAGUUUCCCAGAUCAACAAGAAACUUACGAGUUCUGAGAAAGCGAAAGAACAUCUAAACAAGUGCUUAUAUUAUGUUAAUAUAGGCAGCAAUGAUUACAUAAACAACUACUUCCUGAAAGAGCAUUACGAUUCAAGUAAAAAAUUUUCUCCUGACCAGUAUGCCAAGGUCCUUGUCAAGGAAUACUCAAAGAAUUUAAAGGAAUUGCAUUCAGUUGGAGCAAGGAAGUUUGCUUUGAUUGGAAUAGUCCCCUUAGGAUGUGUUCCAGCAGAAAUUUCUGCACGUGCAAAACCUGGAUUUCCAUGUGUUAAAGAGGAAAAUGAUGCAGUGAUACCUUUCAAUGACAAACUUAAAUCAUUAGUUGAUCGUUUCAAUAAAGAAUUCCCUGAUUCUAAAUUUAUCCUUAUUAACACUGCUGAGGCGUUGUCAACCGGACCGACUAAAGACGUCGUACAAGUGAUCGGUACUGACGUAUGCUGCAAAGUUGGGUCGAAUGGGCUGUGUGUCCCGAAUAAGAAGGCAUGCAAGAGCAGAAAUGAAAAGCCAUUUUUUGAUUCAUAUCAUUCUAUUGAGCUUGUCUAUAAAGCCGAUGCAGAAACUGCUUAUCACGCUCCAACUACCAAAGUUGCAUACCCAAUGGACAUUAGUCACCUUGUCAAGUUAUAAAGA